AUGACGGAGACCACGCCUUGUACUAGAAACGGCAAGAAGAAUAGCGCUGAAAGCCAAGCCACGCCUCGAACCGUGUCGCCAUCAUUGCCCGAGGAGAUUUCAACUUUAACUUCUGCGGAUUCCAACAGUAAUAAUAAUAAUAAUAGUCAACAGCAAGACCUACAACAACCGCUGGCAGACGUUCUCGACUUUGUUACGAUCCCAGGUCCGGAGUCGGCAGACCCGUCUUGGCCCCGUCCAGUUGACAAAGCAUCCCGUGUGCUCGGCAUCGCCCAUCGCAGGUCCAUGGAGCCCAUCCCCGCCUCCGCAAGGACCUCGAUGGUCUCCACUCGUUCAGUCCCCGUCCUCCCACAGCCCUCAGGCGGCCCUCCCGCCCUCCCCCUCACAAGUCUCUAUGUCGUCUCCGGCCUCCCCAAGAGCCCCCACACAUGGACCCUUGCAGAUCCCGACUCUGUCCUUGGUCUCCACCACACCGACGGCGCCGUCGCCCGCUGGUGGCGUCCAGAGGUCCUCGGCAGCACCGUCAGCCCCGGUACAGGCACCAUUCGCAAAAAGCGCAAGGGAAAGGAGGCCGACAUCACCAAGGGCGCGGGCGCGCUUUCCAAGGCGGAGGUCGGCAAAAUGCUCUCCAAGGCGCUCAAGCUCUCCUUCACUCGCGAGGUCGAAAUUAUCGCCUCGACACUCCAGCCCGCGUCAACUAUCCAUACAUUCACUUUCACGCUCCCUGCUCCCUCAACGCCGCUGGCUCCCAACGGCAGCUCUACCACGGACCUUCUCCGAUCCUCUGUCUUUACUGCCGACCGUUCUAGUGCGGCUCCCACGUUCGCAUACCCCUACACAGAUGACCCAUUCGCCAAUGCCCGUCCGUCAAGCGCGUUCCUAGGCCCACCAAACCUUCUGGGCGCAUCUUCCCACAGCGCACCCAAUAGCCCGCUCGCAGCUGCCUUCGACAAGCAAUCAGCCAUUACUGGUGGCCCUGUUGAUCCUAAUGGGUCCGGAAACGUAACCUAUCACGGCGUUUGUCUGACAGUUUGGAGCCAUGCGGACGCCGAGAGAAGUGCUGCCAUCCGGCGAACCCUCGAGGCCGGUCGUACGCGCAAAGAGAGUGCACAGAGCCUGGUGGCGGCCCGCUUGCGAGCACUCAAGUCCAGCAAUACCAGCAUCUCUGAGAUUUCGAGGAAACGCACUCGGCGCAAUCGCACCCCGUGGGGCGGUCAGACUGACGGCGAGACCGAUGCCGAAACUGACACUGGCAUGAUUAGCGAGAGCGACUUUGAAGUGGCGAGCACUAUCAAUGGACAUGGCCCAGGGGAAAGUACCCUCUUCCUCCCUGGUGACACUGUCUUCUGGCUCCCGUACGCGUUGACCCUUGUGUCUAGACAUCCCAUUUACGACUUGAUGAGAGAUUAUCUGACGCUCUCCUGGGCCCGUUUCAGCAAGGACGUGCAGUCGCACACAUUACAAAUCUCGAAAAUUCUGGCUCAUCCUGCCCCUCGUGCGGGAGAUCUUGUCAAGCUCGACGCCUCUUCUCAGCAGGACUCAAGCCUUGAGGUCAUUGCUCGCUUCCCGGGCGGCCUCGACUUUGGUCGCGGUCUGGUCGAUAUCAACUUCACCAUGUGGCCUCUAUUCAAAUGCCUCAACAUUGAUAACAUCUUGACCGCUUGCGAGAUUGCUCUCGCGCCCACGGGGCGAGUCCUGUUCAUCUCGCGGCAUCCCGCGCUCUUGGGCGUUGCUGUGUCAACACUCAAAUAUCUCGUCGAGCUGCGCGGUUGGUCGGGUAUCGCCCUUCCUGCGGUUCAUUCGCGUGACGCGAAGAUCUACAUCGAGGAUCCAGGCCCGUGGAUCCUCGGUCUUGCUACUGAAGCUCGCUACGCCAUCCGCCCUGGUCCGGAAGUUUGCGUAGUCGACUUGGACAUCAACUAUCUGAGCUGUUCCUCUCCUCCCCCAGGUAUUGUCUCGCAGAAGCAGCAACGCGAGCGUUACAGGCAACGGCUACUGGCGGCGUUUGAACCUCACUAUCAUCCAGAUCACUCUGUCCCAAGUGAGUUCAAAGAAGCGUUCCCAGCAGGUCGUUUUAGGCCAGUAUGCAAGAUUCAGGCAAAGCGCGGCGCUGAAACCGUCGCUGUUGCCGAUACCAUCAGAGCCCCUGACUGGUGGCACUCAACGAGGAUUAUUCAGGCGUUUGACGCUGUGCUUCAUGACAAGUUCAAGAAGCCUUCGCUUUUCAAGCGAAUAUCCUCCCUUGGCAGUUUGAAGCGCCCGCCCCAGCUGACUGCUGCUGAACAACAUAUCCAGCUCUCGAUCCGGAGGCGCGCAACAGCCUUUGUUGACGCCCGCGAUGAUUUAGAGACAAAAAUCGGCCGUCUGUCUCGCCGCUUGAACUUCUUGAUGACUGAAGCGGACUUGUGGAGAGACAAGUUUGUGACGUUUGAGCAGUAUGCAGAACGCCUCAGUACCGAAGCUAGCCAGCUCAGAGGCAAGAUCGGCAAAGAGCAAAAGGAGACAAAGAGACUUAGUGGCAUGGUCACCAAUGCAACGGCUGAGAAGGGCAAGUUACAAUAUCAACUGUAUGAGACCGAGCGCGCCCACCAAGAGGCGCUGGCUGAGCUUCACAGAAUGCGGGAUAACAUGGAGAGGAUGGAGCUUGAACGCGCUGAGAUGGUAGCCGAAGUUGAAGCCCAGAUCGAACGUGCACUCGCUUCCAUGGCUGUGGACGUCGAGUCCGAUUAUGGCGGGGAGGGAUCGCGACCCGGCAGCCGUCUAUCCUCGGCUCGGUCCACCCGCUCUGCUCCUGGUGGGACCCGGUCUCGUGGACCCAGUGACGCCACUAGGAGUAGCUCGAGGAUGCGGUCAGUUGCAACAGAGAGCACGCUGGCCGAGUCUUUUGAGCAAGAAAUGGACGACGGAUCGGUCUACAAGGGUCGAGGAACUGAAACCAUUGAGGAAGAAGAAGAGGUUGCAGCGUCGCCUAAGAGGAAACGGUUCUCAGCUACGGAAGCCGAGGCUUUGCAAGAUGGUAUGGGCGCUGUCGAUGAGGGUAUCAACGAGCGAAGUGACAGGAUUGCCAUCAAGGUGUUGCAAAUUCAACAGAAGGUAAGAUACAAUUGUUCGUAUUGGCUGCAGAUGGACUAA